GCGGAAAAACACGCUUCGCCUCGACUCGAGCUGAGCCGGGCUCCGGCAAGGGUUGGAAGAAAUAGCGCCACCUUCAAGAGCCACUUCUCUCUAAGUGGUGUGACGCGGUCGCUCCCUUCGCUGCGAGCUUGCCAGCGCGGCGGGACUGUUCGGAGGCGACACAAAGACAUGGACAGCGUCGUGGGCGAAGCAGCGAUUAUCGAAGACCGGGUAGUGAGGUCGUCGGUGCCAGAGCAGCCUCUGCCGGAAGCCGAUUACGCGACUUACUUGAGGUCUGUCUGGGACAAGUUCAAGGACCACACAGCGUUGAUAAAUGGCGACACGGGAGAGAGCUACACGUAUAGGGAGCUCGAGGAUGCCUGCACCCGCGUCGCCGCUGGCCUGGCCAGCCUCGGCUUCGGGCCAGGAGACAUGGCUGGCAUCCACUGCGAGACGAGCCUGGAUGCCAUGGUUGCCUUCUACGGCACUGCGUUCGCCGGUGGUUCCAUGGUUUUCGCCAAGGCGAGCCUUGCAGCACCUGAAGUAAACUACGAUUUCAAAGAAACGAAGCCUUGCAUUGUAUUUUGCGAUGAACAGAACGCAGCCAAGGCAGAGGAAGCCUGCAACACAAUACCCAGUGUCAAGACAUUCGUGAUAUUUGGCCAGCGCGAAGGGAUGAUGCCCUUUGCGACGCUACGACAAAGUCCCCGGGCGGCUUCCCUCCCCAGUGUGAAACCGGAGAGCCUGCUGGCUGUCCUCUUCUCGAGCGGCACCACGGGGCUUCCGAAGGCCGCCAUGUUGUCCCACAGAAACGCUAUCGCCCAAUUAUUUGCCUCCAGUAUCGACAACUCUCAUACGAUUGCCAGCCACGAUGUGUUAAUGGGAACAGCGCCGUUUACGCACGUGUCGGGGCUGCUUUUCAAUCACGCUGUGUUUGCAAGUGGAGCCUGCCUGGUGUUCGUCAAAAGCACCGAGCCAUGCGAUAUCUUACCGGCGAUAGAAAAAUACAAGGGCACUGUCAUGUUCCAGUUUCCAACAAUUCUCCAGAAGAUCGCCAGAAGUCCACUGAUUGAGCGAUACGAUGUGAGCAGCAUCAAGAAAGUCUACGUCGGUGGAAGUGCUACGCCGUCAGUGACCAUCAAAGAGACCCUUGACAGGUUCAACCUGGAUCACUUCGGACAAGUGUACAGCAUGUCCGAGAGCUUUGGAUCUGGAAUGAUAUCGCACCACAAUCACAAGGAUUACGAUACUGUUGGCAGGCCGACGCUCAUGACGAAGGUGAAGGUCGUUGACGUUAACACGGGCGAGAAACUGGGUCCCAGGCAGACGGGGGAAAUAUGCAUAAAAAGUCCUGCCUGUAUCAAUGGCUACAUGAACAACAGCGAGGCCACGGCCAACCUUUAUGACGACGAGGGCUUUUUACGGACGGGCGACAUCGGCUACUACAAUGAGUCCGGCGAGUUCUACGUGGUGGACCGCAUCAAGGAUAUGUUCAAGUGCAUGGACCGGCAGGUGGCCCCUUCAGAGAUCGAGGAACUGCUGACGAAGCACGAAGCGGUCAAGGAGGCAGCCGUGGUGGGCGUUCCUCACGCCGAGUAUGGUGAAGCGCCCAGGGCAUUCGUCGUGCUGGCCCCUGGAUACGCGCCGAACGAGGCCACUGCAGCUCAGAUCCAAGCACUCGUUUCUGCGAAUACGGCGCCGCAGAAGCACCUCCAUGGCGGCGUGGAAUUUGUGUCGACCAUACCAAAGUCUGACACCGGCAAGAACCUGCGCAAGGACUUACGAAACGCCUACCUGCAACGCCAGGCAGCUCGCGGCCUUUGAAAGCGUUCUGAAGCAACCAUUGCGAGAGCUCAAGUCUGAUAGAAGGAGCCAUCCGGACCUUCAACUAUAUAAUUUAAACGCUAUUGCAGUCAACCUCUGCGGCUUUGUCCAACCGUGAUAUGAGGAGCUUGCAACAGAGGACACAUAACCAUUGUUCCAAGAAUGAUCACUGCAGAAAUGUAUCUCAGUAACAGAUAUGUUAGUUAAUAACAUAGUUCCUGUGUAACAUCACUUGACGCUUUAUCUCACCGAAAAUGUCCACGAAGUCUAACGGUUCCUAAAACACACAUCAAUUAUUACUUUUUCACGUAUUGUUUGCACACGAACAUACUAUCUCGCCUGAAAUGGUACCGCGAAAUUUCUUCCUUUGUGGAGAAAUUGAUGCUUCUGCCUCUAAAGACGCGAAAUAAAAUAUUCAUUGUAAUAGCAUACAUCCAAUCUUGUUUGCACUAAAGGUGCAAACUAGGCUGCUAUUGCCGCCAUUGGUGAUGACAGCCUAGUGUAAAAACUCACGCGAUUCUUAGUUUUGUUUGAAACAGAUGGGCUCAGAGUACUCAAUAAAAUUAUCUAAAGUAA